CCCCCGCCGCCCACACACUUUUAGCGCUCUGCAGUCCAGUCCGGCGAAUGUAAGAGGAGAGGCGCCAUGUCUUCGUCUUCUGGAGGUUGGUCUUCGCGGCGACCGAAACCAGUCAAGUCAGAGGGAGAAGUAGUGGACUUGGGAGCCACGUUUGGGAUCAGCGUGGGCAGUGACAGCGACUCUAGCGACGCCGAGUUCGCUCCAGAGACUGCGGAGAGAGACUCUGCGGACUCUGAGGGAGAGAGAGAGAAGGAGGAAGAGGAAGGAGAGGAGCAUGUGUCUGAGGCAGUUUGCGAAGUGGAAGACAGUGGAGACAAUCAUUCUAAGGAGAAAGUAGGUAAAGAGACUAACAUCGCAGAGACAUCGGAAGAAACUAGCAAAGAUUCCGAAAUGGCGUCGCAGUGUGAAGAAGAAUGCAAAGACAAGGACAGAAUGGGUGAAAAUGGUGAAGAGAAUGUGGGAGACUGUUCUGUGAAGGAUGAGGAGUAUAACCCUCUCAUUGUGCGUCGCUCAAACCGAGCCAUCAAGCCCACCAAGGAUGUUGACCUGUAUCUUCUGGGAGCAAAGUUUGGUAUCGAUGUGGACGGUCUCAGCGGGCCGGAGAGCAGCGAUAUUGAGUUUGCCCCAGCCGAUGACUCCCCUGGCUCCCUGAGUGAGUCAUCGGUGGAUGAUGCCGCUCAUGAGAGUGGGAUAAAGAGAAAGGGGAAGAAGAAAGGGGGAGAGGGAGGGGAGGAGGAAGAGAUGGAGGUGGGCGUGGAGGCUUCAACUCUACGGACACAAAAAGGGUUGUCAGAAGACGAAUUCAGUCGUAGUGUGAGUGAAAUGAGCAUCACUCAGGAGGCGAUGCAACAGGUGAAAGUGGAGAUACAUGCUCGGUGCCUGUGCCUCGAGCAGUAUGGAUGGAGAUAUAGUCGAGUGUGA